CCCAUCCCUUGAUUCAUGCUCAUCAUUCAAUAACAAAACAAUUGUCUCGCGCAGUCUGACGACCACUGCCCUUGUCGAAGGAAUGGAUUGAUGUCUCGAGGUAAAAUCCCGAGAGAGCGCUUAGAAAGAGCCGGAGACACCGGUAGGGGCAGCACCAGAGCCACCGAAAGAGCCAGUGGGAGCAGCACCAGAGCCACCGAAAGAGCCAGUGGGAGCAGCACCCUGACCACCGAACGAACCAGAAGGAGAAGCACCCUGGCCGCCGAAGGAACCAGAGGGAGAGGGGCCCUGACCACCGAAGGAGCCAGAGGGAGAAGCGCCACUAGGGAACCCAGAAGGCGAAGCACCCUGAGCGCCAAAGCCGGAGGAGCCACCGCUGCUGAAGCCCGAGGGAGAAGCGCCCUGGCCGCCGACGGAGCCCGAGGGGAAGGAGCCGCCAACAGUGCCAGAGGGCGAAGAGCCAUCGGAGCCGUCGCUGCCACCGAAGUCGGAGGAUCCGCCCUCCUGAGAGGAGCCCUUGGAGGAGGAGCCCUGAGAAGCGCCCUGGGAAGAACCCUGCUGGGAAGAACCCUGGUUCUGUUCGAACUGGCGGCGCUGGACGUCCUUCUCAGAGCCCGAGGAAGCAUUGUCAGAGGACUGGUCUUGCUCUUGACCACCCUGCUGACCCUGCUGGCCCUGUUGGCUUUGCUGACCCUGGUGACCCUGGUGAGGGGAGCCGGAAGGAGAAGCACCCUGAGGAGCUCCAGAAGGCGAAGCACCGCCGGGGAAGCCGGAGGGGGAAGCACCUCCAGGGAAACCAGAGGGCGAGGCACCACCCUGGCCACCGAAGCCGCCAGAGGGCUGGGCGCCGCUAGGGAACCCAGAGGGAGAGGCGCCACCCUGGCCACCGAAGCCGCCAGAGGGUUGAGCACCGCCAGGGAGGCCGGAGGGAGAGGCGCCACCUUGACCACCAAAGCCACCAGAGGGUUGAGCACCGCUGGGGAAACCGGAGGGAAUAGUGCCACCGAAGGAACCGGAAGGCGAAGCACCACCGAAGUCACCAGUGGGAGCCGCACCGCCUUCAGUGGCGGAGGCAGGGAUCUCGAGCUGACGCUUCUGGUGCUCCUCCGGACCACCCGUAGGAGCAGCACCGGAGAAGGUCACAGAGGGGAAACCUUGACCGUUGGGGAAACCGCCCUGUUCUCCGAAGCCGCCAGGGCCACCGGAGGGAGCAGGGCCGGCAGAGCCAGAAGGCUGGACUCCAGUCUGGGUAGGAGGCUGCUGCUGCUGCUCACCAAAGACGGGCAGGGCGGAGGUGUAUCCCAGGAUACAGGCAAUGGCAAAUGCGGAGAGCUUCAUUUUGAGGAUUGGUGUGUAGGUGGGGGUUGGGAUUCACAAGUGAUUGAAGAUUAAAACGUAAGAAAGCAAAAAGAAUGUAGUUCGAAUUUUGGUUCGUUGAGAAGGAAUGGUAAUGGGCGUUCAGAUCAACUGAGCUGCUUGAUUUUUUCGAAAACAAGUUGGCGAGCAAGAGGAGGCUUUAUAAGAUGGUUUGCCCUUCACGACAUCUGGGUAAGGUGUGCAUGCUGAUCUCG